AUGUUGGUCCAGCUGCCGUCGGCCAAAGCCGCCGCGAUCGACGCCCGCCUGCGGUCGCUCAUCGCGGAAGUCACCGAGAGCUCGCCCGAGACGCGUCUCAUUGACGCCUACCAUGCCGGGUACAAGCUCGCGCGCGAGUCGCCAACAUCAAGAGUGCUCUCUCGCAAGAACGCGACGUCGGCGUACCGGGACUUUAUGGUCAUCAGCGACGCCGGCAUGAGCCUCGACGACUACAUCGAGCUCGUCUACGUCGAGACGGAGGCCGACUUUCGCCUCCAGCAGACGCUCUUUUACGGUGAAAACAUGCUCGACGCGCGCGUCCUCAACGUCACAAAAGAGCGAACGCCAGAGGAUCCCUUCUUGCACUUUGGCGUUCGCUACAAGAAGAUGAGUAUGCCACUCAACGGUGUCUUUGAGCCCCGCGACACGACGUAUAUAGAGUGUACAGGGUCGUUUGUCAAUAAGCGCGGCCACCGCGGCGUCUACUGUGUGCGCGAGUCGAUGGAUUUCGAUGAAGUGCCGCCCUUUGACGACGCGACACGGUUCUACAUCAAGGCCAUCAUGGUGUACACCGAGGCAGCGGACGGAAGCGUCGAGUCGGUCCAGUUGCUCCAAGCCAAUCCGCUCGGCAACAUGCCUGCGCUCGUCUUCAACAAGACAGCGAUGAACUACAGCCACAUUAGCGACGACAAUGCGCGCUACUUGCAGCAGAAGCGCCUUCUCGAGCACGUGGCCGCGACCAAGCCCGUCUCGCUCCCGCGAAAAUCGGGCGCUUGCUCGUCGUGCGCUGCGUCGUUCCGCGGUCUCCGCGCCCGCCACGAGUGCUGGGGCUGCCGAGACAGCAUGUGUGGCAAGUGUGUCGUGACGAUUCCACGCGUCCUCACGUUGCCAGACGGCAACAUGAAGGCGACCCCCGAAGAGUUUUGCAAACGCUGCUUUCUCCAGGCGCGGACGUACCGGUCGUCCACUAGUGCGCCCUCUCAGCGCCGGUUAGCACCGUCCGACAACGCGGCCUCGCCCCGCGACUCGCACGAGACGCAGCAGUCGAGCGAGAAUGAGAGUCACGAGACGUCCGAUGAUGUGGGUGACGACAGCAGCGACGAAGAGCGCGCGCUGAUAGCGACGCGCGAUGCAGAGAUGGGCGCGCAGCUGACACGACUCCAGCUUGGCAUCGAGACCCAGCGGCAAAUGGUCGAGAAAAUGCGCGAGCGACUCGCCGCCCACAGCGCCAUCGAGUAG